ACUUAUUGCACCAGUUCAACAGUGCAGCUACAAAGAACAGACCAAUUGUUGCACAACGAUUGAGUGUUUCGUUAAAAUAAAAGUUCUUCAAAAAACUCUCCUUGUUGAUUUUCAUAUCAAGGCCAAUCAGAAGUUUCGCUGAUUGGACUGUUAUUCGAUUCUGUCGCAAAGUGAUAUCUCGUAAUACGUCUGUUAUUGAUUAAUAAUUAAGUGGCAAUACCUACAGGAAACAUUCAUGUAUUCAUACAACUCACAAUAUGAAUAAACAUGCAUAUUUAUGAUCGUGACACUUUCUUGAUAGUCAUUCCAGUUACAUCUUUAUUAUAUCAUUGUUAAUACUGCAACUCAGUUCAGUUGUGCAUUCAGUUGUGCUGUAAAUCGUGCUCUGAAGUUUAGUUUGAAAGAUUUAUAUAUAUAAAUAUGGCUGGAACGAAAUCUAGAAAACUUGGUACUCUCGCAAAACUUUAUCUGGCGUUGUAUAAUCUUGGGCAAACUUUGGGAUGGAGUUAUAUAAUGUAUCAAAUUAUACAACAUUACAUCAGUCCUUCAGGUAGUACCUUAUGGAAUAAAACAGAAUUAUCUAUAGUUAUUUUCCAGAAUGCAGCUAUUUUAGAAAUAAUACAUGCAGCAAUAGGACUAGUAUCAUCAAAUUUGAUAAUUACAACAUCUCAAAUAUUGAGUCGUGUUUUUCUUGUAGUUGGAGUUAUCUUAGCUACUCCUUAUACGUAUGCAGCUGCAUCUUUAGGACUUCAGCUAUCUCUCAUAGCAUGGUCUAUUACAGAGAUAAUUAGAUACUUCUAUUACUUUUUGAAUCUUUAUGCUAUUGUACUAUACCCAGUGAUAUGGCUGAGAUAUACUACAUUUAUCAUAUUAUAUCCAAUUGGGAUAACUGGUGAAUUAUUGUGUCUCUAUGCUGCUGUAGAAUAUGCUAGUGCUUAUUCUAAUGCAUGGAGUUAUAUUCUACCAAACACAUGGAAUUUUACAUUUAGCUAUUUAUAUCUGUUGAUAGGAGUUAUGUUAUCGUAUAUUCCAAUUUUCCCUCAGCUUUAUAUGCAUAUGCUUGCGCAAAGGCGUAAAAUGCUAAAUCCCAGUGAUGCAAUGAAGAAAGCCCAUUAGCGUGUAAAUUUCUUCCAUUGUCCAUCUUUUCCUGAUAUCUUCUCAAAAUAAUAUUAACAAAAAUAUAUAAGACAAAAGUAUUUUAUUAUAUAUUUGUAAUAAUGGACUUUACAUAUACAUAUAUGGGAUGGUGAGUUAUUUUAUAUGUUAUUAUAUAAUUCUUUAUCCUUUCUAAUUUAUUUGUUUUUAUUAAUUACAAUAUGUAAAGCUAAGUACAUAAUCAAAUUUUUUGAUUCAAAUAUUUCAUUUUUGUUUAAAAAAAAACUUAUCGAAAAAGAUAUAGAAUAAAGGAUGUUUCACUAGUUGAGUGGAACUAUUUGAAAAAUGAAACUCUAUUGUAUCGACUUCCUUAUUGGGUCGUGUCACGACUUUAUUUUUGUUACUCAUCAAUAAAUAUAUGAAAAAGUACA